UAGCACUGGUGUCCAGCAGUCAGGUGGUUGCUGAUGCCGUACCUUUAAAUUCCAAACCCCGCCCACAUAUGCAAAACACGCUCCAUAUCCAUCGGCGGAAGCGGCUCUCGUCUGUCACACAGAUCCUGCCUUUAAAGGCGCAUUAUAACCGCGGCUGAAGAGCAGAGCAGAGCAGCAGCGCAACACAACAACAGCCGCUCUGACAGACAGAAAUAAACACACUAACAGCAGCGCGCGGUGACGUCAGGGUUCUCAGCCGCGUGUGUGUGUGUGUGUGGACAGAAGACACGUCGCUGCGCUCGUAUGCAGUCUGACUGGAUAUUUAUGAAGCUUUCAACGCCUUUUGAUUGAUCAGUCGCUCCAUGGGGAUUCUCCGGUGCUUUCCGUCUGGUUUCUCCCGCCCUUCACCCCUCGGCCUGCCCUCCACCCUCUACAGCACCGCCUCCAUACAAAUCAUGAAACUGGUAUUAACUGAAUGGCAAUUGAUAUGGAUUUUUACUGUUUCCAGUAGACAGUAAACACACACAUACAUGCACAUACACCCACACACACACUCCCACACACAAACACACGCCAGCAGGAGUGACCUUAUGAUAGAGUCACAUCCUCUGCAAUCGUCCACAAAUGCAAAACGCCUUCAUCAUUUGAGGAUGUUCAUCACACCUUGAGCCUUUUCUCCAUCCACUGCUGCUUCCUGCUCUACAUUUCCGCGUUAUCCUGUGUGUGUUAUCCGCGUGUGAUCUGCAUGCCGGCGGCGGCGGCGAUGGCUCCGCAGAACAGCGACGCAGACGGCGUGCAGAUGCUGACGCCUGUGGAGAAGCUGGCAGGAGGAGGCGGGGCUAACGGAGUGGGUGGAGCUGGUGGGCGGGACUUGGAGAGUCAGGAGGAGUCGGUCAGCGAGGGAUCUAUAGAUCGCAUCCCUCUGCGGCAGUGGAUCAUGCACGGAGCCGUCAUGUUCGGACGGGAGUUCUGCUACGCCAUGGAGACGGCGCUGGUCACACCGGUGCUCCUGCAGAUAGGUCUCCCAGAGCAGUACUACAGCCUGACCUGGUUCCUGAGCCCCAUCCUGGGCCUGAUCUUCACUCCUCUGAUCGGCUCGGCCAGUGACCGCUGUACGUUGCGCUGGGGCCGCAGGAGACCCUUCAUCCUGGCCCUGUGUGUGGGUGUGCUGCUGGGCGUCGCUCUCUUCCUCAACGGCUCACUCAUAGGUCUUGCGAUCGGAGAUGUCCCGAAUAACCAGCCGAUCGGGAUUGUGAUGACGGUGUUAGGGGUGGUGGUGUUGGACUUCUGUGCGGACGCGACGGAGGGUCCGAUCCGAGCGUAUCUCCUGGACGUGGCAGACACCGAGGAGCAGGACAUGGCCCUCAAUAUACACGCUUUCUCUGCAGGGCUUGGAGGAGCGGUCGGCUACGCUCUCGGCGGCCUCGACUGGACUCACACUUUCCUAGGACGAACCUUCAAAUCUCAAGAGCAGAUUCUGUUCCUGUUCGCAUCGGUGCUGUUCACCGUUUCCGUCGCUCUUCAUCUAUUCAGCAUCGAGGAGCAGCAGUUCAGCCCGCAGCAGGAGCGUCUGGACGAAGAAGCCGACACCGAAUCCAGCGUUAAAACCGCACCGCAUCAACCGCUCGACAUGAUCCACGAAGACGAGCCCUACGACUACUACGACUGUGAGCGCCGCUCAGAACGAGACCUCGAUAUGGACUUUCUGGACGUGGAAAUCGUGCGCAGCAAAAGCGACUCCGUUUUAGCCAUGGCCGACGCUACUUUAGAUCAUCACGAUAUGCUGUUUCUACGAGAAAUCGAGCCGUCGAUAUUUCAAGAUCGCGUCUCGUCCUAUCACGGAUCUCCACCGCGACGCAGCAGCAGUACAGGGAGCCAAGAGUUUCUCCGCGGGAAGUUUUGCAGAUUGUCAGCGUUUCUGCAACAAAUGGAACGUGACGGUGAAGAAGCGCUGCUUAAUAAUCAACUCAACGAAUGUAAAGCUGCUAACGGACAUCAGGUUGAUAUUAACGGGCACGUGGAUUUAAAAGCGUCCAGUGCUAAUGCGUCCAUACGCCGCAGACGACACACUUUUUACCGUCAGUCGUCAUGCACUUUUUCGUAUUACGGACGCGUGGGAUCUCACCGCUACCGCUACCGACGCGCAAACGCAGCGUUUCUGAUCAAACCGUCGAGAAGUAUGAAUGAUAUUUACGAGCUGGAGAAAAGGCAGAAGCAGAGGAACGGACAGAGGAUUCGACAUCAGAGCGGGAACACGAACUCCAGCGGGGAUACGGAGAGCGAGGAGGGGGAAGCUGAAACUACAGUGCGUCUGCUGUGGAUGUCGAUGCUGAAGAUGCCCAAGGAGCUGUUCAGGCUGUGUGUGUGUCAUCUCGUCACCUGGUUCUCCAUCAUCGCCGAGGCCGUGUUUUAUACCGACUUUAUGGGGCAGGUCAUCUAUGAGGGAGACCCUACUGUAAGACUUGUUUUUAUUUUAUUCAUUUUUUUUUUAAUAAUGUGUUUGGUUUGUAAUGCACUUUUCAUAAACCAAGAGUGCUGUUCUGUGUUCCUCCAGUACGUCCAGCACAGUCCCGGCAGCUCCAAGCGUGGUUUUGGCAUCGACUGCGCCAUCCUGUCCUGCCAGGUCUACAUCUCGCAGAUCCUAGUGGCGUCUGCGCUGGGCUCGGUGGUGGAGGCGGUGGGCUCAGUGCGGGUCAUCCCUAUGGUGGCGUCCGGAGGGUCAUUUCUGGGCUUCCUGGCCUCCUGCUUCCUAGUCAUUUACCCGGGGUCCCAUCAGCCGGAGCCGGACGGGGCCAAGAGUGAACACACCAAAGCAUUAACAUCUAACGGCAGCGGCGUGGAGAAGCCCAGUUUCCUCAAACUCAACCGCAAAGGCACCGCGACCACAACCUGCAAAGUGGAGUGCGAAUCCACGCUGUGAACGAAUGUCCCAGAAUUCCCCGGGUUCAUUCAGGUUUGGGUUUGGGCUGCGGGCGGGUCUCAGGGCUGCGUCUCAGGACUGGACUGUUUAGGAGAGACUACAUGCACUUCUUCUUCCUUUGCACACUUCCGUUCUCAACAAGUCUGAUGUACAAUAGUGAUGGGUCGUUCUUGAAAGAUUCGUUUAUUUUGAAUGAUUCGUUCAUUUUGAACGAACUGAUUAUGUGACUCGAGAACACUGAGUCCACUCAGGGAGUGAUUCGUUCAUUCGCGGAGAUGAUCAGUUCUUUUUUUCGAGGUGUUUGAGUUGUUCGUUCGUCACGUAAAAAAAGCAGGAGCCAAUCAUAUGCAGUCAGAGCCGGAAAAAGUUUUCUGUGAAAUCCCCGGUUCAUUCGGGUUCGGGUUUGGGCUACGGGCGGGUCUCAGGGCUGGACUGUUUAGAAGAGAGAGAGAAAUAUAUGGUGACACCUCCUCAUCCCUUGCACACUUCCAUUCUCAACAAGUC